AUGGAAAAAACCAAUACUGGGUCUGAAGUUAAUAACAAAUCUUUAUCUAAAGAAAAUAAACAAGAAGAAAAUCCAUCAAAACAUGGAGAAUGGACUUCAGUAGCAGAUACAUUAAAAAAAAAUGAAACACCACAAUUACAGGAAAAUACAAAUGUAAGUAAAGACUUUUUACCUAAAAGAACUCAAAGUUACACAGGUACAUGGAAAAAGAAAGUUGAAGAGGAACAAAAAGCUCAAAAACAAUUAGGUGGUAUUUAUGGAUAUACUCCAUUUACAAGACCUACAAAUUCUAAUGCAACUUUUAAUCCAAAUACAUUAUCUGAUACAAUGUAUGGUGGACGUCCAGGAUCAGCUAUACCAAGACCACAAAUUGGUAAUAAAAUAUCAGUUAAUGGAGUAACAUCAAGACCAAGUUCUGCUUUAGAUAAUAUAUAUUCUUGUGGUAUACAAAGACCUGAAUCAAGAACAGGUAGUGAAUAUGGAAUGCCAAUAAUAGGAUCAAGAUAUCAAUCAUAUACUACACUUCCAAGACCAGAACAAUUAGAUAAUGAACAAUUAAAUAAUUAUGGACCAUAUAGUAUUUAUGGUGCCUCACAACAAGUAUAUGGAACAACACCAAGAGGACGUCAAAUUCCUGUUGAUAAUAUUUAUGGAGUUGGUGGAAGAAAUAUUAUGAAAGGUGCUCCAAUAUCAAGACCACCAUCAGCUUUAUCUAAUAUGAUGGUACAAAAUAAUUUUGGUAAACCAGCAUAUCUUAAUCCAGCAUUUAGUGUAUCAAAUAUAUACAUGGGACAACCAGCAGCAACAACAAUACCAAGUAAAACUGGUCCAAUGAUGCUUUCAUCAGAAAAUGUUGGUUAUAAAAAAAAAGGAACACUUGUUAAUAAUUCUGGUCUAUCUGUUUGUUCAUCAAUGCAAGUUGUCUCAGGUUUAUGUUUUAUAGGUAUUGGUAUUGUAAGAAUAAUUUUAAAUGCUAAAUGGGCUUUUGGUAUAGAAGUAGCAUUUGGAUUUCUUUCAAUAUUAACAGGUUUACUUGGAGUAAUUGGUUUAAGAAAUAAAAAUUAUUCAUGUUCUGUAGCAAGUUUUAUUAUUUCUAAUGCAAAUACAUAUUUUGUUAUAAUUCCAUUUUUAAUUGGUCUUAUACCAUUACUUCCUUUUCAUAUAAGAUCAGAUACUUUUGUAGUAUUAAUUGGAAAUGAUGAACCAAUUGAAGUUGAUAUUGCUCUAACAGUACUUUGUGUAAUACAAUUUUUCUUAUCAUUAAUAAUGGCUAUAUUUGGUUGCCGUGCCUGGGGAUUAACUAUGGAUCAUGUAGAACAUUUAAGAUUAAGAGAUGUUAUGAGAGAAGUAUAUCCUGGAAAUAUUAAUAGACAAUGA